AUGCUCCUCUCCGUCACUCACCCUCCUCUCCGCUCCUCUCUCCCACCACCCUCGCUCUCCUCUCCGCUCCACCACACUCCCUCUCUCGGUCUCAAUCUCUCUCUCAGUCUCUCCUCAGACUCUCCUCACGUCCCGCUCUCCUUUCUCCUCCUUCUCUCUCUCUCGCUAAACCUGCACUCCUCCUCAGUCCCCUCGCCUCCGCGACCUCCGUCUCCAAACCACUCGUUCAUCGUCCCUCCCUCCAGGUUCUCGCUCUCCUACCUCUCAGCCUCUCCAAAACUCUCCCCAUCUCACUUCUCUUCCCCUCUCCAGAUUCACCACCGCCUCAGCGCUGAGCCUCUCCUUCACUUCCCACCCUUCUCCUCUCCUCACCUCUCGUCCAUUCUCCCUCCAAACAAUCCCAACCUCCCGUCCUAUCCUUCUCUCUCAGUACCCUCUCACCACACCUCUCCCACGCCCCCCUCUACUCCUCCUCUGUCACCCUACACAUUCCAGUCUCGUCCCAUCCCUCGCCCCUCCUCUCUCCAUCCCUCCUCCUCACCCGGCCCCCUUCAUCCUCGCCCUCCCUCCGACUCCGUCUCUCGCAUCCUCCUCCGUCGACUCUCUCUCCUUCCAGUCAGUAAUCUCCUUCUCUCCCUCACCAAUCCCUCGUCCCUCAGCCGAUCCUCCGACCCUCAUCCCCUACCUCCAAUCUGUCUCACACAUCUCCCUCCUCCAUCAUCCUCUCGUCAACUUCACCGCUCUCCCUCCCCUCAACCACCUCCUCCAGUCUCCCAUCUCUAUCCCUUCGACUCGUCCAGUCCCAUCCACUCCUCUCCCUCCUCACAACCCUCCUCCGUCCCGCUUCUCCACUCCCCUCUUCUCCAUCUAAUCCUACUCUCAUGUCCUCACGUCCGCUCCGACUUCAAACAUAAGUCUCAAACGUCUCUCUCUCUCAACUCAGGUCUCUUCCGACCUCCCCUCUCUCCCACCCCAUCUCCCCGUUCUUUCUCUCUCUCCCCUCCCUCUACUCUCCUCGUAUCGUCAGCAACUGCACUCGUCCUCUCAUCCUGGGGUCAAUCUCCUACCCAUCUCCAACCGUCUCACCUCUCACUAUUCCUCUCCUCUCAACAAGCUCCCGCGAUGCUAUCCUCCUCUCUCUUCGAUCACUCCUCAUUCCCGUCAAACGCCUCUCUCAACCACCGUCCCCCGCCUCGGACUCCUUCAAUUCGUCCUCUCCCUCUCCUCUCCUCAAACAGUCACCUCUCACACUCCCUCACCCGUCGAUCUUCCUCGGCAGCUCUCAUCUCACCUCCCGACUCUCUCUCUCUCUCCAUCCACUAUCUCCUCUCUACGAUCCCCAUCCCAAUCUCGCGCUCCCCCUCUCGGGCUCAUCCAUCCCUCUCCUCCCAUCUCUCUCGCAAUCUCAAACUCUCUCUCCAUCUACUCUCCUCUAACAAGCGAAUCCAUUCCCCCUACUCCGUAUCAACCAUCUCUCUCACCUCAGCAUCAACCGACUCCUCAGCCUUACUACUCAUCUCCUCUCAAUGUCCAAUCGCCGAUCGUCCCGUGUCCUCUCCGACAGAACUCAUCGCCGUCUCCCCCCUCACAUCAUCCCUUCUCAUCCCCCCUCAACCCCUUCCAUCGCCCACGUGCUCGCUCCUCCUUCCCCUCACUCCUCUCGGGAUGUCAUCCCUCCUCGCUCCUCGCUCCCUAGCUCUCCGGAACCUCGUCGUCGUUCUCUUCGUCCAUCCCUCCGCUCCCAUAGCCUCCUCUCCUACCAUCACACACUCCCAAUCGCCCUCUGCACACAUGAUCUCUCCACCUCGUCUCGCUCUCAAUCCCUCUCUCCCAUCUAUGACUCAUAUGAUUCCUCCCCUCCUACCUCAGUCUCUCAUCCAAAGCCUCGUUCCAAACCGUCUUUCCUCCCCUCCUCCCCUCUACCCUCUCCUCUCCUCCCUCUCACAUCUCCCAUCUCUCUCAACCUCUCUCUCUCAUCCACUCGGUCUAACUCCCCACUCUCAACAUCUAUCCACGCACUGUCUCCACCUCCCUACUCCUCCUCACCGAUCCAUCACCCCCUCCCCACUCUCCAUCUUCCCUCAAGCCCUCCGCGUCGUGCUCUCUUCGACCUACUCCUGUACAACUCACCCUCACCCUCAAUCGGGUGCCUCACGAUCCUCUCACCAACCGCUCGCCUCGAAUCUCGCCGUGCAUCAGACUCACGCAGUCGUCUACUCUCCGGAUUACUACUCCUUCUCCCGGUCUCAACCCUCCUCCGACAAGAUCCCGACUCCAAUCUCUAACACAGGUCCGUCGCUCGUCCGCCCUCUCCUCAUCACUCCCCUCCGUCAGCUACUCUCCUCCACACUCAUCCCUCGUCUCCCUUCCCAGUCCAGAUCCUCUCCCACUUCCAUCACCUCUCCUCGCUCCAUCAAAUCCUCUCACUUCACACUCCACUCCCAAUCCCAUUCCCCGUCCCAGUCUCUCCCCAUUCCCUUCUCCUCCUCCUUCGGCUCCUCCCUCACUCUCAAGCCUCCCUAA